AUGCCCUUAAAAAGAACACCACCAAAGCCUUCUCACCCAGAUGACGAAAAAGGAAGUUCCACUUCCGAGAACCGGAAAUUCCCUCAAUCAGGAUCAUCCCCGGAUCUUUCGACUUUGGGAGGAGAUGGCAAUAUAACUUGCUUGAAGCGUAAGCGCAACGACUGCGACUGCCAGUCGGGGCUGGACAAAAUCCGCGCGAUGUUGUCAGCAUCAACCGCACAAACAGAUAGCAAGCUAGCCUCACUACAUCGGGCUAUUACCGAAAUCAUUGCACAGAAUUUAGAGAUAAAAGACUCUCACUUUUAUUUCCAAAGAAUAUGA